CUUUCCAAAGACAGACUAAACAUCUUGAUGCCCCUAAAAGUUUCUCACAACUAAAGAUCUUUCUUCAUUACAAUCACCAUGGAUAACCAUUCGUACAACUUCCCCUCUGACUGCACCCCACUCACCAACUGCAAGUCAGGCCGCAAGCUGGCUGGAUCCACUGUGGUGAACAUGGGCAAUGCAGAAAAGAAUCCUCCUCGGGACUAUCUGCUCUGGUCGCUGUGCAACACCUUCUACGUUAACUUCUGCUGCCUAGGUUUCAUGGCACUCAUCUACUCUAUCAAGGCCAGGGAUCAGAAGACUCUUGGCAACCUGCAGAUGGCCCAGGAGUGCUCAGACAAGGCCAAGUGGUACAACAUCCUGGCAGCCGGCUGGAAUCUGCUGAUUCCUCUCCUGCUCAUCGCCCUGUUUGUCCUUCUACUUGUCCACCUUGGCUCUUCCCAGGGCUCCUUCGACUUCUUAGGAGAAGAUGGGUUGCAAAACUUCCUGAAUCUGUUCAGCUGGUAGAUGAAGGCAAAAAAAACUGGAAGGGGGAAGAAGUAUGUCUCAAAUUGAACCUGUUCACACUAACAGACAGGAGACAUUUGAUCUGGUUCAGAAGAUGAUGGCAGACAUAAAAAUUUAGUGUUUUAGGAAGUACUUAAUAUCUCUUUAGAAAUUUAGUAAAACUUGUGCUUGGUUUAAAUUUGUCAAACUCUGCCUAGUGUUAAACUUGGCAGAGUUUGAUCAAUUUAAACCAAGCACAAGUUUUGGUCAAAUUGGUCAAAAAAAAAAAAAAAAAAAACGUCCUCUUAAAAAUUCACUGCCAAACAGACAAGUACAUAUAACCGAUGCACAAAGUCAGUCAGUUUCUCUGGUCUUAAAACCAAAACUAAACAAUUUAUUUUGUUCAUUAAAAGCUGAAUUACAGACUUUUUUCUUAAUAGAAACUCUGGCUUGAGUUACAGGAAAAGGGACAGAUGAUACAAAUUUUACAACCAAUGACUGAGUUCCAUUUUGUUCCUGUUAAGACUUAAAGAAACAAGAAACCUCAUAAAAAAUAUAUGGAAUGCUGAUGAGUAAAACUGUCUGCAGAGUAGUUUAGAUGUUUUGAAAAAGGGUUUUGUAAAAAUUUUAUGAAAAAUUUAUAUCUUAUCUCUUUUAAUAACCUGAGGCCUACUGCAUGAAACUAGGAUAAGGGAUUAACCCGGGAUUCUGGUGUAAACCUGAAUUAAUUAAGCCUUGAAUCGGUUGCAUGAACUACGAAGCCCGCUCUGGAGCCCUACUUGCUCUCCCCCCCUCCCUCAGCGCUUCAGCUUCUAACCCCUCCCAAUCCCCCUUCCUGUCCCUCGUCUUUUUUUACAGCAAUCAUUUUAAGUGAACAAUCAGCUGUUCAUUUCAAUUUUGUUCAUUUAGUUAAUUUCAGAUAACUUACAGACAGAUUCAGUGACACAAAAGUUUUUUUUAAUUAUUUCAGCAUUCAGUCACAGUGUUUCUCUUCAUCUCUUCAAAUGAAUCAUAAUUAACCAUUAAACUGCUGGAAGAAGUGAGACUCACGUGUCUUACUGCGCAUGUCUGAUCAGGAAAUCUUUGAUCCACCCAGUGGGUCUAGUAAGCAAACCGUGAACGUGCAUUACUCCCAGAUAAUUUACACCUGACUUGAAUGAACCACCCUAAUUGAGCGUGGCUUGGUGUUCGUGCAACUGAUUACAGCUGUUUACAAGUUGAAGGCUAGUUCAAGCUCGGUUUACAGCUCAUAUCCUGAAUUUAGAAAUCGGACUUUUGUGCAAUAGGCCUCUGGAGGAUUAAAGCCCACCAUGGUCUGAUGAGGUAACAGGCCACGGAUUGGUGGCAUCUUGAACAUUUUAAAACUUUAACUUGAGGUCUGAAUCCCUUCUAAAACAAUUAUAUUUGAUCAUGUUUGAUGGAAAUAAGCAAUAACAUCAACUACCAUAAAAUCUUAAAGACUGAAAGUUUUUACUCAAGAUGUAACUUGUUUGUCUUUUUGUUACCUCAACAUUUCAGCCAGAAUAAAACAUUAUUUUUCCAGUUACAUUUUUCAAUGAGCUGUCUGCAAGAAGUAAGGUAUUUUGUGUUCAUAAUGUUUUUACACAACUAUCCCUUAAAAAUGCAUUAAAAUGUUUGUUUUCAUGCUUAGCUUUAGCAGAAUUUGAUCAGUUUAAAUGUGAAGUAUAAACUUAAUGUUUAAAUAUUCUGAAAAGAAAAAUAUAAAGAUGAAUAAAACUGAUAAAGACUG